GCGAAUGGCCUCCUUAUGGAAUCUCUCUCUCUCACACCGGAAGGCUGGAGACAAAUACGACUUCCGUCCUCAGAGCAACGCCUUCAUCUACGAAUCGCAAUGACAGCGCCGAGUCCUGGUUUGCUAGAGCAGAAGCUGUACGAUGUAUCAGAUCCGACAUCACCAAGCUAUGGUCACCAUCUCAAACGAGACGAAAUCCAAGAAAUACUCAGGCCGUCGCCGGAAGCGACCGCAGAUGUGGUCAAAUGGUUGGUAGGAUCUGGAGUCGGCCCGGACGCAAUUGCAGAGGAAGGGGAGUGGAUCAACUUCGUUGCACCUGUGCACAUCGCCAAUGACCUCCUAAACACAUCCUUCGCCGUCUAUCGAAAUACCCAUGGACUGGAGCUUGUGCGCACAUUACAGUAUUCAGUUCCGGGCGAACUCCACCGCUACAUCGAUAUGAUCCAACCUACGACUCGUUUUGGCGAACUGAAGGCGCAGCGCAGUCUUAUUCACGCCGCAGUGUCGGGAGAGCCUCCAGGACCUCGAUUGAUGACGUUGAACGGCACUUCUGUAGCUUCUGCGUGUAAGAACGAGACCAUCGACCGUGAUUGCUUACGUGUUUUGUACAACAUUCCAGAGAACACCGAUUUGGACAAUGCAACUUCGGGCUUCAUGGCAUUCACCAACUUUCUGGACCAGUAUCCGAGGUAUAGUGAUCUCGACGAGUUCGUUCAGCAUUACUUUCCAGAGGCGCAGGGGGCGUCAUUCUCGUGGCAAAGUAUCAACGGUGGGAAGCUCGAGCAGAACUCAACGAACGACAGUAGCGAGGCGAACUUGGACGCGCAGUAUCUCCUCGCAACAGGGUGGCCAAUCCACAUGCAUGCGUAUUCCGCAGCCGGUCUCGGUGAGCUGUUGCCUGACCUCGAUCAGCCAAAUCAGACGAGCAAUCAAAACGAGCCGUUCUUAGACUUCCUGACCUACGUUCUUGCCCAAGAUGACAAGGACCUUCCUCACACAAUCAGCUCAUCAUACGGAGAGAACGAGCAGACAGUGCCUUUGCCGUACAGAAAGAAAGUAUGCGAGUUGUUUGGACAGCUCGGUGCUCGAGGCGUUUCUGUGCUCACGGCUUCUGGAGACAUUGGACCAGGAAGCAGCUGCGUUACGAACGACGGUAAGAACACGACACGCUUUCAGCUGAUCUUCCCUGCCUCUUGCCCCUAUGUCACAGCUGUUGGCGGCACGAGAGGUGUACAGCCCGAACGUGCCGACCCCAGGUCCACCGGCGGCUUCUCGGAUACCUGGUCUCGGCCAGCAUAUCAGGAUGAGGCAGUUACUGCAUACCUCUCCAAGAUCGGCGACACAUUCGAAGGUCUCUACAAUGCAACUGGUCGCGCGGUUCCUGAUAUCGCAGCACAAGCAUCCGCAUUUCGUGUUGUUAAUCAGGGUCAGGACAUCCUUAUCAGUGGAACUUCUGCUUCAGCGCCCGUUGUUGCUGGAGUUGUGGCAUUGCUCAAUGCCCAAAGGCUGAAGGCCGGCAAACCUACUCUGGGCUUCUUGAACCCUUGGCUUUACAGCUCAGGCUACCAAGGCCUGACCGACAUCGUCGAUGGUCGGUCUAGCGGCUGCACUGGUGAGAGCCGGUCUUCGCACUUGCCGACAGCUCAUGUGCCUGGUGCGUCCUGGAAUGCAACUAAAGGGUGGGAUGCAGUGACGGGGUUUGGAACUCCUAAUUAUGAGAAGAUGCUGCCUCUUGCAUUGGCUUGUUGAUUGGUGGCGCAUUGCAUGGAUGGCACAACUGAUUUGAAAAGCCACCGCUACGAUGGAGACAGAGGACCUGAGAACAGAUCAACGAGCGCAGGCGGCAGGAUAUCUGCUUGCGCUCAGCUCAGCUCAGCGCAUCGCCCACUUCCAUAUCUCGUAAAGAAAGUCACGACUCUGGUUGUGCUGAUUG